GGCCGGGCUCGAAGGCGGCUUCCGCGCGGAGCGAUGGCGGCCGAGGCGAGAGGCGCGGCGGCUCGGGAUGCGGCAGAGAAGGCGCGGGGCAAGCAGGCCUCCCUCUCCUUCGCCGCCAUGGCCGUCCUGGUGGGGCUGCCCCUCUGGUGGAAGACGACCGAGACCUACCGGGCGGCGCUGCCGGACUCCGAGAUCGCCGCGCUGGACGCGCUUCUGUUCCAGCUGACGGUGCCCGUCUCGGUGGUGUUUGCCCAGGGGGUCCUCCCGAAAGACCAGGAGCACAAACUCCCCUUCCAGCAGGUGCAGGAGACGGAGAUCCCCUUGAAUGCCAAGACCGGGGGGGUUGCCCCCUCCGACCGUUCCUUUCGCCCCGCCACUUCCCAGGAGCAGGCGUUGCUGUUGCAGGCCUCGGUCCAAGAGGCGGACAAGGGGCUGCAGCCAGCGGAAGGGCUGCCGGUGGGCUCCCUCACCAUCUACGUGAUCCCGCACGGCUCUCUGCUCCUGCCCCAGGGGUCAGAGAUGUACAUUGGGAAGCACCGGAGCGCCAUCCUCAGGGCCCCCCCGGGGGCAAAGGACCUGCUGGGGGCCCUGAAUGACCGGCUGCAGCAGCUGAUCCAGGCCAUGUCCUUCACCCCCGAGACCCUUGUGGAGGCCCUGGCCGACCGAGUCCCAUUGGGCCAGCCGGGAGCCGAGUGGAAGCGCCCCUUCAAGUCCAGUUUCGGUUAUGAGAUCACCUUCAGUUUGCUGAACCCUGACCCCAAGGCCCACGACGUGCACUGGGACAUCGAGGGGGCCCUCCGGCGCUUCGUGAAGCCCCUCCUGGAGAAGCUGAGCCCGCUGGCCGAAUUCUCGGUGGACUCUCAAAUCCUCUACUACGCAGCGCUGGGAGUUACGCCCCGCUUCGACUCUGCUUCCGCCAGCUACACCCUGAGCGUGCACAGUCUCCCGCAUGUCAUUAACCCCGUGGAGGCCCGGCUGGGUUCCAGUUCGGCUUCUGCAUCCCGUCCUCCAAGAACACCUGCGAGCACAUCUACGAGUUCCCCCAGCUCUCCGAGGACCUCAGAGAUGGUCCGGCACCCCUACGAGACGCAGUCGGACAGUUUCUACUUUGUGGACAACAAGCUGGUGAUGCACAACAAGGCCGACUACUCCUACAGCGGGGGGCCCUGAUGCGGCGCGGACCCCCCACACACACCCUCCACGCCCCCCCCUCCCGAUGGGGGUCCGGGAGCCUCGACUGGCC